AUGUAUGUUAUAAAAAGAGACGGUCGCAAAGAACCUGUCAAGUUUGACAAGAUUACCGCGAGAAUCUCGCGUCUCUGUUACGGGUUGGACCCGCAGAGGAUCGAUGCCGUCAAAGUCACGCAGAGAAUCAUCUCUGGUGUCUACGAGGGUGUCACCACGUCCGAACUGGAUAACUUGGCCGCCGAGACGUGUGCUUACAUGACCACCGUCCACCCAGACUACGCCACUUUGGCAGCCAGAGUGGCCAUCUCUAACUUGCACAAGCAGACCACUAAGCAGUUCUCGCAAGUCGUCGCGGAUCUGCACGAUUACAUCAACCCGGCCACUGGUAAACACGCUCCAAUGAUCUCUGAUGAAGUCUUCGACAUCGUCAUGAAGAACAAAGAUGCGAUUAACUCCGCGAUAGUCUACGACAGAGAUUUCCAAUUCAACUAUUUUGGGUUCAAGACUUUGGAAAGAUCGUACCUGUUGAGAAUCAACGGUCAAGUCGCCGAACGUCCACAACAUUUGAUCAUGAGAGUCGCUUUGGGGAUCCACGGGAACGAUUUGGAGUCGGUGUUCGAGACUUACAACUUGAUGUCCCUAAGAUACUUUCUACACGCCUCCCCAACUUUGUUCAACGCCGGUACUCCAAAGCCACAGAUGUCCUCUUGUUUCCUGGUCGCCAUGAAGGAUGACUCUAUCGAGGGUAUCUACGACACUUUGAAAGAGUGUGCCUUGAUCUCCAAGACCGCAGGUGGGAUUGGGUUGCAUAUCCACAACAUCCGUUCCACUGGCUCCUACAUCGCUGGUACUAACGGUACCUCCAACGGGUUGAUUCCAAUGAUCCGUGUGUUUAACAACACGGCUCGUUACGUCGACCAAGGUGGUAACAAGAGACCAGGUGCAUUUGCCCUAUACUUGGAACCAUGGCACGCAGACAUCUUCGAUUUCAUCGACAUCAGAAAGAACCACGGUAAGGAGGAAAUCAGAGCUAGAGACUUGUUCCCAGCUUUGUGGAUUCCUGACUUGUUCAUGAAGCGUGUCGAAGCUAACGAAGACUGGACUUUGUUCUCACCAUCCUCGGCUCCCGGCCUAUCGGACAUCUACGGUGAUGAAUUCGAAGCCUUGUACACCAAGUAUGAAAGAGAGGGUCGUGGUAAGACCAUCAAGGCUCAAAAACUUUGGUACUCUAUCCUAGAAGCACAAACUGAAACUGGUACCCCAUUCAUGAUCUACAAGGAUGCUUGUAACCAGAAGAGCAACCAGAAGAACUUGGGUACCAUCAAGUCCUCUAACUUGUGUUGUGAGAUCGUCGAAUACUCAGACCCUAACGAAACGGCCGUCUGUAACUUGGCCUCCGUCGCUCUACCAGCGUUCAUCGAAACCUCAGAGGACGGUACCUCCUCCACUUACAAUUUCAAGAAGCUACACGAAAUCGCUAAAGUUAUCACCCGUAACUUAAACAAAGUUAUUGACCGUAACUACUACCCUGUUCCAGAGGCUAGAAGAUCGAACAUGAGACACAGACCAAUUGCUCUUGGUGUCCAAGGUCUAGCCGACACUUUCAUGCUGCUAAGAUUGCCAUUCGAAUCUCCAGAAGCCCGUUUGUUGAACGAACAAAUCUUCGAGACCAUCUACCACGCCUCCCUAGAGGCCUCCUGUGAGCUGGCUCAAAAGGACGGCACCUACGAAACUUUCAAGACCUCUCCAAGUGCUCAAGGUGUUUUGCAAAUGGACAUGUGGAACGCCAAGCCAUACGGUAUGUGGGACUGGGACACUCUGAGAGACGACAUUGUCAAGCACGGUUUGAGAAACUCAUUGACCAUGGCCCCAAUGCCAACUGCCUCCACAUCUCAAAUUUUGGGUUACAACGAAUGUUUUGAACCAGUCACUUCGAACAUGUACCAACGUCGUGUUCUAUCCGGUGAGUUCCAAGUUGUCAACCCAUACUUGCUACGUGACUUGGUAGAUCUGGGUAUCUGGAAUGAAAGUAUGAAGCAACAUUUGAUUACCGCCAACGGUUCCAUUCAAUCUCUACCAAAUAUCCCACAGGAACUGAAGGACCUAUACAAGACCGUUUGGGAAAUCUCUCAGAAGCAAAUCAUCAACAUGGCCGCCGACCGUUCUAUCUACAUUGACCAAUCGCACUCCAUGAACUUGUUCCUACAGGCCCCAACCAUGGGUAAGAUCACGAGUAUGCACUUCUACGGGUGGAAGAAAGGUUUGAAGACCGGGAUGUACUACUUGAGAACCCAAGCUGCCUCUGCUGCUAUUCAAUUCACUAUUGACCAAAAUGUUGCUGACCAAGCCGGUACAACCAUCGCUGACAUGGAUAACUUGAAGCGUCCAACUUACAGUUCUGCUUCCCCAAUCUACACGCCAAGUGAACCUCGCAUAGAAGAUCUUUCUGCUUCAAGACCAACCUACAACUCUGCUCCAAAGGAGAAUGAAGAUACCGUAGAACCAGCUGACAAGAGGAAGCAGCAAGCCGCCGCUUCUUCUCAAACUAGCCCCUUCAGACAUUCUUCUCCAACUCCAUCCAACGAAUCCGCCAAGAUUGAGGACUCUCAACCGGUCACUCCAAUCACGUCCAUCCCAACAGCCACAGAGGACAAGAAGCAACCAGAUACCUCCAAGGAGGCAAGCGAAGAAAAGGAAUUUGACAUCUACAACGCUAAGGUGAUUGCAUGUGCAAUCGACAAGCCAGAGGCCUGUGAAAUGUGCUCUGGUUAG